AUGCCAACGACCUCCAAGAUUAGAGGGAGCGGGCUACGCUUGCGGCCAUUCUAUGCCACCGUUUUCCUGCUCACCUUGCUGGCUACAUGGUCUUACUUUACCAAGGCUACGGAACGCCGUUUCGCCCCGCAGCAUGCCGGUCCCGAUGCCUCGUCUCCGCUCCUCAAGAGAACCGAGUUGACGGAAUGCCGGGAUGUCCACCUGGCCGACGAUCAGUGUGCCUUUGUGAAGGCUCACUGCGCCGAUGAUGAGGCCGGCCUCUUAUCGUAUCUCACCCUCUACUACUGCGACCUUGCUAAAGCCCAUACGGUGGCUUUCAUUAUCUUGGUCUGUUGGCUUGGCCUACUCUUCACCACCAUUGGCAUCGCCGCGAGCGACUUCUUCAGCGUCAACCUGAACACCAUAUCCACCAUCCUGGGCCUCAGCGAGAGUUUGGCUGGCGUUACCUUCCUCGCCUUUGGAAAUGGGUCCCCGGAUGUCUUCAGCACCUUUGCGGCCAUGGGCUCCAAUAGUGCCAGCAUGGCGGUUGGGGAACUCAUCGGCGCCGCAAGCUUCAUUACCGCCGUGGUCGCCGGAUCCAUGGCCUUGGUUCGCGAGUUUAAAGUGGGGAGAAAGACGUACGUUCGAGACUUGUGCUUCUUCAUCGUCGCCGUCUGCUUCACCAUGGUGUUCCUGGCAGAUGGGCACCUCCAUCUAUGGGAAUGCAUAACGAUGGUCUGCUACUACAUCUUCUACGUGGUCACCGUUGUCACAUGGCACUGGUAUUCGACAAGGCGGAGCCAGCGGCGGGUCCGGGAAGCAGCCGCACGAGGCCAUGUCUACGGAGCUGUGGGGCAUCCCAACGAUGAGCUGGCCCCGGAGCCAUACCGGGAUGAUCCCGACGACGAGGAUCGUCGAGUCACCUCGGCUUCCGCCUCCAACGCUGGAGAUCUCAGUGCCUUGGAGGCUGGACCAAGAAUCGAAGUCGAUGACCAAGACGAAGCCGAAGAUGAGGGCGAAGACAGCGACCACGGGAGACAUGUGGUGGCUGAGAUGGCAAGCAACAUGCGCAUUCUCCGUCCUCGAGGUCGAAGACGCAACACCCUCACGCCUAUCCGUCCCAGUUUGGUUGGUGCCCUCGAGUUUCGAUCAGCCCUGGCGCAACUGCAAAGGGAGAGCAACUUGAGGCUUCGGCCAAUGCAUGGGCGAGCAUUCUCGGUCAACAAUAUCAGGACGAAUAGCGAGUCGAAUACCGCAAUGGGUCCGCCAUCUGACUCUGGGCGAUACACUAUUAGUGGCGGCGAAGGCUUUGGCGGGAGUAGGAAUCGAGCCAUGUCUUCCGGAGACGUUCCUGGGUCAUUAAUCAAUAGCCGCAACGUCAGCCGUGAUCACUCCCCUUGGCGUUUCCCUCCUCAGGGCGUGUAUGCGAAUCCCAUCCAACAAGUCAAGGCAGAAGAGGCUCGGAAACGGAGCCCGUCCCCAGCCUACAAGAUUGGCGGCAACCUCGCCCCCCCUCCCAUCGACUCGGCACCACAUCGGCAGGACACUGGAGGCAGCGAGCCCCUCGACCCUCGUCCCUUCGGCCAGCUCUCGCUACAAAUCCCAACAAGCAGACGUACGAGCGUCAGCGACAGGUCUUCACCAGCAUCACCUUUUCCCGGCUACACGGAGUCUCCCAUGAUGUUGACGCCAGCGGCCCAACCUGACCCGCCCGAGUUCAUCAUGCCUCCAGGCCUAGCUCGAAUGGAAGUUCCCUUUGCACCAUACGAGAUGGCCGACCCCAAGCCUGUGAGAUGGUGGCCGUAUGCCAUCCUCCCUCCUCCCCACAUCUUCUGGAGAACGUUAUUCCCCACACUUUUGGGUUGGCAACAAAAAAGCUACUGGGACAGGUUUGUCAGUACGAUAUCAGUGCCCAGCAUUUUGUUGCUGGUGCUCACUCUUCCGGUUGUCGAGAGCGAGAGUCCAGAUGACUUGUCGGAUGAGACCAUGGUAGACCCACUGACGGAUACCAAUGUCGACGGCUCCGUAACGUUACCAGAGGGCGAACCCAUCGAGCAAGAGUCGGAAUGGCAGCGCUUCAGACGGGCUACGUUAACGCACUCUCGUAUGCCCUCUAUGGAGCGAACUUACUCACCCAAGGGCUCUCCAGCGUUGAUCGCCAUCGAUGACCCCAGCGGCGCACGCGUCGCUACCGAAGCGCCCACCAGUCAUCCACAACCUACGAAGCCAGCAGCGCCAUUGCCAUCAGAGAGCAGUAUUGCCGUUGACGACUCGGGCCAAUGGAACAGAUGGCUGGUGGCCAUUCAGAUAUUUACCGGCCCGCUGUUUGCUGUGGUCAUUCUUUGGGCGAACAUGAUGGACGACUUCGCGCACCCGUACAGGGUCCUCGUUCGAUUCAUCCUCUACACUCUUCUGGGAUCCGCCAUUCUGCUUGGCAUCUUACUUAUGACGACGAACCCAGACAAGAGACCCAAGUUCCACUUCUUGCUGUGUUUCAUGGGAUUUAUCAUUGCCAUCGCUUGGAUUUCUACCAUUGCUGGCGAGGUCGUCGGUGUUUUGAAGGCAUUUGGUGUCAUUUUGGGAAUCUCAGAAGCUCUCCUUGGAUUGACCAUUUUCGCGGCGGGUAACAGUGUGGGCGACCUGAUUGCCGACAUCACUGUUGCCCGGCUUGGCUACCCUGUCAUGGCAUUAUCCGCUUGCUUCGGCGGUCCCAUGCUCAACAUUCUCUUGGGCAUCGGCAUUGGUGGCGUCUAUAUGAUGGUACAGGCCGCCAACCAUCGACACAAGAAACACCCCGACAAACCCUUCAAGUAUCACUCCUAUCAGAUCCAGAUCGGAGGCACCUUGAUGAUAUCAGCCAUUACGCUGUUAGUCACACUGCUGGGUCUCCUGAUUAUCGUCCCGAUGAACAAGUGGGUGAUGUCACGGAAGAUCGGCUGGGGACUGAUUGCCAUCUGGACGGUCAGCACCAUCGUCAACGUCGUCAUCGAGGUUACGGGGGUAUGGACUGACGUGUCCUACUCCUUCGUCGUUUAA